ACGUAAAUAUUAAUAUAUUUUGUUUUGUGUACACCUUAUUUACUAGAGAGGAAAGUACUGGCACUAUUAGUACAAUAGGAAGGAAGUUGAGCAUGUCAUCAGAAAGGAAAGGCAGUUUUCGUGAAAAUGAUCAAUGUUAUACGUUCCCAAGUAUGCAGAGCCUUGGUGAAGACCUAGUGUGUGUAUUAGAUCAAUUAGAUGUGAAGAAUGUGGUGGGCCUCGGAGAAGGAGCUGGUGCCAACAUUAUUGCUAGGUUUGCUAUGACACAGCCAAAGAGAGUGUUGGGUAUUUGCCUGGUACAUUGUACAGGAACCACAGCAGGCUUCAUGGAGUCUCUGAAGGAUAAGGUGAUUGGAUGGAAACUUGACCACAUAGGUAUGAACCCUACAGCUGAGGCGUACCUUGUGCUGCACAGAUUCGGAUCUUCUUCACUGACGUUUGAAAAGGCAGAGAACAAGGAGGAAUUGAACAAGGUGUUGACAACAUUCCAGGAAGGACUUCGCUCCAAAAUCAAUCCUCAUAACCUUAACAGAUAUGUCCAGUCUUUUAUGAAGCGUACUAACAUCACCGAUACUAUUCAAAAAAUUACUUGCCCAGUGUUGAUGGUAACUGGUGAUAAGGCUUCAUUCAACCAUACUGUUCAUCAUUUGUAUGGAUACAUGUCACAGAAACUUGAUAAAGCAAAGAUUGAGUUGCUCGAGGUGGAAGGUGUGGCGAAUGUCCUGGAAGAGAAGCCUCAAAAGUUGGCAGAGAGUUUCUUGUACUUCUGUCAGGGUAUUGGUGUGGUUGGUGGUGUUCCUAUGCCUAGAGUAGAGAGAACAUCUUCAGUUGACAGCGAUACUGCAAGAGCUGCACUUCGUAACCGCAGCAUGUCAAUGGAAGAAGCAGAUCUACCUAAGGGAACGUACUCCACCAGCCCUACCAGACCUAGUCAGACAGCCAUAGAGAAAACCGUCUCAGCAAGUGAGGUUGAAGUUGACAUGGUAGAGAAACAAUGAACUCUGUCAGUAUAUUCUAUCUAACAUUAUAUCUCAUAAACAUCAUGGCAAGAUCCAACUUACAGACUUGUAGUUUUUUCAUUAUUCAUAAUAAACAUACAGUGCCCACAUGGAAUAGAUGGCAGCUUGUUUUAGAAUGGUAUUUUGUGACUAUUUUUCCAUCUUCUUACAUGUCCUUGCCAGCUCUUUUUAUUUAUUAGCAUUCCUUUACCAAAAAAUUUGUAUAGUAGACGUGUUAUGGCUUAACUUAAGCUCUUUAAGAAGUGUCAAGCACAAAAUCUUAUGUUUAAGAAGCCAACAGGAUAUAGUCUGGUCAGACUGGUGUAUAGAAAUUGACCUGACUCUGAACUGAUGGCAUAAGUGUUAUAGUCCCAAAAGGGCUAGAAAUAGUUUUAUAAUGUUUCAAAUAGCACAUCAUAUUAUGUCUGCAGGAAUAAGUGUUAAGUGACCUUUUGACAUUACAUUCUAUACAUGUUAUAUGAUAUACUGACAGAGUUCUUGUUCAAAAAUUGAAAUUUUAAGUUAUGAUUUCUUUACUCAUUCACUGAAUCACUCAAAUAUAAGUUGUCAUCAGGAAAUCAACACAAAAUAUUAUUAUAUUAAUAUAUAAUUGGGAAAAAAAGACAACCCAACAACACCUUAUUUGCGUGAUUCUAAAUGAGGGUCAUUUAUUUAUUUCUUGUUUAUUCAGUUUAAGUUAAAUAUACAGUUCAUAGUUUCUACAGUCUGUAUUCUGUGGCCAAGUUGAUAUACAUGUAUACUGUGACCAUUGUGACACAAUUUAAUUGAAAUAGAGGCUAAAGAAUAAGAAUUACACAGAAAAGUCUGUGAACUUUGCAUAGAUAGCAAUGUACGUACUUUAUUUCUACGUACUUUAUUUCUUUGUGUAAUUUUUGCAGCUUGAGAACAUAUACAUAUAUGUAUUAUACAUGUAUAUCAUAAAGAGUAAUAACGUUAUAAUUACAAGAAAAAUAUUAAUGUAAAUCAUAUAUAUAUAUAUAAAAAUGUUCCCUAUUAUCCUAUAUAUUACCCUUACAAAAAGUACCGCUUUUUAAUAUUUUGAAAGUGUAGUUAGUAUUUCUAGUCUAAAUGAUGGCAGUAUGUUGAGGCUACUGUGGAUUCAUACAUGGCAAUAAAAAGAGCAUUUAUCAUGACUGUUUUUACUAAUACAAAGUUUUUAUGUUUCUUGUUUUGUUUGAUGAUUUAUUUACAAACUUGUUUGAAGUUGUUGAUUUCUAGGUUGCAUAUUCCUCUCAUUUAAUAUCUUUUUGGUUGUUAAGUGCAUGAUAUGUGGAGAUAUGUGUAGAUUGAGUUGAUUAGGUGUUACGAAAAAGAAUGGUCAAAGAAAGAAAAAUUAAUUUCUUUCUAAACAAUUUUGAUUGGUUAUUGAUUGAGUAUUGGUAUUCAGUAUACAUGUAAUCUCAUUUAAUUUCAUUUUCAUGAUAUGUUUAUAAUUUAAUAUAUACAAAUAAAGAUAUACUAUACGGAAAAAUAUGAACGAAAGUAUUUUUUUUUAUUUUGUAUUAUAGUAAUGUUUAUGCAAUAUUUUUGGCAUUUGGGUUGCCCUGGUAACGGAGCUGGUAGGAUUUGUGCAGAUAAUAAUCAGUGUGAUGUUCAGAUAAAUAAAUGUUGUGAAUGAUUUGUAUACAUGUAUGUGUAUAUGCCUGAAACUGGGCAUUCUGUAAGUUUUUCAUGAUUUUAAGUUCAGCUGACCAAUUUGUCUUUUUCUCAAAAA